GCCACCCGGCUGGACGAAGUAGCAGGAAUCCGGGCGAAGUUCCCGACCAAGAUCCCGGUCAUUGUUGAGAGAUACCAUAAAGAGAAGUACCUUCCUCUCCUGGACAAAACCAAGUUUCUCGUUCCCGAGGAGCUGACCAUGACGCAGUUCAUCACCAUCAUCAGAAGCAGGAUGGCUCUAACUGCUGCACAAGCUUUCUACCUGCUGGUGAACAACAAAAGCCUAGCCAGUAUGUCCUUGACAAUGGCAGAAGUGUACAGGGACUACAAAGAUGAAGAUGGCUUUGUAUACAUGACAUAUGCUUCCCAGGAGAUGUUUGGAUGCUUUUUACCCACUGCUCAAGGGAAAACUAUGGAAUGCCUUCAAAAAACUUAAGGUUGGGUCCGUGUGCUGUGUUGAAGCAGUUGGCUAUGAAUCAUGCCUGUGACGCGAACCUCUGAGAUGCUUCUUCCAAUUGGAGCUCUCGAGCUCUGUAGUGGGGAGUCAUGACCCAAAAGCUGGCAGGACCAGCUUCAGGCAGAAAUGGUAGUACACUUUUUCUAGACAAUAACUCGGAUAUAUAUUUUUAUAUUUGAAAACACUAUGGGUUUUUUUUUUUGGAACUGCACCUCCACUUUUUUAUUUUUGGCAAUACCAGUCUUUGUUAUGUAACUGAUUUUUAAGG